GCGGCUGCGGUCGCUGCAGCAGCGGCGGCGGCGGCGGCGGCGGCGGCGGGAGAAGAUGGUGGCGCUGGAGGUAGGAGCGGCUGGAGUGGAGCUUUAUUCCCAGCCUUGGCACCAACGCUGUCGUUAGCACCGCCUGCUCCCGCGGGCCCGCGGACCCAGCUGUCAGGCAAGCCGGGUGGAGCAGAAUGAGAGCGCAGUGAGCCGGCCCAGCCUCUCUCCCAGCCGUCCCCGACGCCCACCAUGAACCACUUGGAGGGGGCCGCGGAGGUGGAGGUGACGGACGAGGCGGCAGGCGGGGAGGUGAACGAGUCGGUGGAGGCCGACCUGGAGCACCCGGAGGUGGAGGACGAGCUGCAGCAGCACUAUGCGGGCCGCCCCCCGCGCGGGCGCGCCGUCGAGGACCUCCGCGCCCAGCCCGGCCAGCAACAGCCGCAGCCGGAGGAGGAGGAGCGCGGGGAGUGCCUGGCGCGCUCCGCCAGCACGGAGAGCGGCUUCCACAACCACACGGACACGGCCGAGGGCGACGUGAUCGCCGCGGCGCGCGACGGCUACGACGCCGAGCGCGCGCAGGACCCCGAGGACGAGAGCGCGUACGCAGUGCAGUACCGGCCCGAGGCCGAGGAGUACACGGAGCAGGCGGAGGCCGAGCACGCCGAGGCCACGCACCGCCGCGCGCUGCCCAACCACUUGCACUUCCACUCGCUGGAGCACGAGGAGGCCAUGAACGCUGCCUACUCGGGCUACGUCUACACGCACCGGCUCUUCCACCGCGGCGAGGACGAGCCCUAUGCCGAGCCCUACGCCGACUACGGGGGCCUCCAGGAGCACGUGUACGAGGAAAUCGGGGACGCACCCGAGCUGGACGCGCGCGACGGCCUGCGGCUGUACGAGCAGGAGCGAGACGAGGCGGCCGCCUACCGCCAGGAGGCCCUGGGCGCGCGGCUGCACCACUACGACGAGCCCUCUGACGGCGAGUCCGACAGCCCCGAGAAGGAGGCCGAGUUCGCGCCCUACCCGCGCAUGGACAGCUACGAGCAGGAAGAGGACAUCGACCAGAUCGUGGCCGAGGUCAAGCAGAGCAUGAGCUCGCAGAGCCUCGACAAGGCGGCCGAGGACAUGCCCGAAGCCGAGCAGGACCUGGAGCGCGCCCCCACCCCGGGCGGGGGCCGCCCGGACAGCCCCGGGCUGCAGGCGCUGGCGGGGCAGCAGAGGGCGGCUGGCGGCGAGGCGGUGCAGCGGUACAGCAAGGAGAAGAGGGAUGCCAUCUCGCUGGCCAUCAAGGACAUCAAGGAGGCCAUCGAGGAGGUGAAAACCAGGACCAUACGUUCGCCUUAUACCCCCGACGAGCCCAAAGAGCCCAUCUGGGUCAUGCGCCAGGACAUUAGUCCCACCAGGGAUUGUGACGACCAGAGGCCGGUGGAUGGAGAUUCCCCAUCUCCUGGCAGUUCCUCACCCCUGGGUGCAGAGUCUUCGAGCACACCCCUUCAUCCCAGUGACCCCACGGAAGCCUCCACAAAUAAAGAGUCAAGAAAAAGCUUGGCUUCAUUCCCAACCUACGUCGAAGUUCCUGGACCUUGUGACCCUGAGGACUUGAUCGAUGGAAUCAUUUUUGCUGCCAAUUACCUUGGCUCCACCCAGCUUCUCUCAGACAAAACCCCCUCCAAAAACGUGCGCAUGAUGCAGGCCCAGGAAGCAGUAAGCAGGAUCAAGAUGGCCCAGAAAUUAGCCAAAAGCAGGAAGAAGGCUCCUGAAGGUGAGUCUCAGCCAAUGACUGAAGUGGAUCUCUUCAUUUCUACCCAGAGAAUCAAAGUAUUGAACGCCGACACGCAGGAGACGAUGAUGGACCACCCUCUGAGGACCAUUUCCUACAUUGCAGACAUCGGGAACAUCGUUGUGCUGAUGGCCCGCAGGCGGAUGCCCCGCUCCAACUCCCAGGAGAACGUGGAAGCCUCCCACCCAUCCCAGGAUGGAAAAAGGCAGUACAAGAUGAUCUGCCACGUCUUUGAAUCUGAGGACGCUCAGCUGAUUGCACAGUCCAUCGGGCAGGCGUUCAGCGUGGCAUACCAGGAGUUCCUCAGGGCCAACGGGAUUAACCCCGAAGAUCUCAGCCAGAAGGAGUACAGUGACCUGCUCAACACCCAGGACAUGUACAACGACGACCUGAUCCACUUCUCCAAGUCGGAAAACUGCAAAGAUGUCUUCAUAGAGAAGCAGAAAGGGGAAAUCCUAGGUGUGGUGAUUGUGGAGUCUGGCUGGGGAUCCAUCUUGCCAACCGUGAUCAUAGCCAACAUGAUGCACGGAGGCCCAGCGGAGAAAUCGGGGAAGCUGAAUAUUGGGGACCAGAUCAUGUCCAUAAAUGGCACCAGCCUGGUGGGCCUGCCUCUGUCGACCUGCCAGAGCAUUAUUAAGGGCUUGAAGAAUCAGGCCCGGGUCAAGCUGAAUAUCGUGAGGUGUCCCCCAGUGACCACCGUGUUGAUCAGGAGACCAGACCUUCGCUACCAGCUGGGGUUCAGUGUCCAGAACGGAAUCAUCUGCAGCCUCAUGCGAGGGGGGAUAGCGGAGAGAGGAGGCGUCCGCGUGGGACAUCGCAUCAUUGAAAUCAACGGGCAGAGCGUGGUCGCCACCCCACACGAGAAGAUCGUGCACAUCCUCUCCAAUGCUGUUGGGGAGAUUCACAUGAAGACGAUGCCGGCUGCCAUGUACAGACUGCUGACGGCCCAGGAACAGCCCGUCUACAUCUGAGGCCACGCCCCCCCGGGCAGCGUGCAUGGAGGACUCUCCUCACUUGUGGUUGUGUUUCUCGUGCUGCAUCUGUGUGCCCACUGAGACGUUCCCCUCUCAUACCCAGCACUCGGUUUGACACAGGAGGAAAAGAAUCCACAGAGACCUCCUUCUCUGUUCUCUGUCUCUCUCUAGUUUGCUUUUUUUUGUUUUUAACACCGGGGAAGGUUUGUAUGCACUCCCUUGAGGCUGGAGAGCACCCAGUAUCCACCCAGAAUCUGCCCAGGACCAUCCUGAAGGGCCCUUGGGGGUCCUGAGGAGGGUUGUCACCGCUCAGGAAGAAUCUUCCCUUCCCAAGAGGUGCAGACCUCUUAGAAGGAACUCCUAGGGGUGGUGAAGAAGCCGAUUCAGCAGUGCCUACGAUCCAACCGCUGAUCUCUGCUCUCCUCCAGUCAAUUUACGGGAAUAUGGUAGUAACAGGGAGGACCAGCCCAUGUCUUUACAGAUAUGCCUGCCCACCGUGUACGUGGGGCACCAUACAUUAUUUCUGCCCAGAAUUUCUGAGCCAACCUUAUGCCUCUUCUAUAGCUAGUUUUAGUUUCAACAUAAUUGUGUUUUCUAAUGCGAACCUUUUCACCCAGGAUAGAAGGGGAACUGCCGUGGACAAGAAUACCUUCGUGUUGCAGAGAAUUGGGCGAUUCCCAGGGCAUCCGUGGCUUCCCAAGGUUACCAACCAUUAGCUAAACACAGGCAGGUGCUUCCUGCCUCCUUCUAGAUCACACGUACGUACAGAGUCUCACUUGAAUAUAUUUCAGCCUUCCCUCCUCCCUGCUGCCAGUGAAGCACCCAGAGCCCCUGGAAAACCCAUGUCACCUCCCUGUGAGGCCCCUUCCCCCAGCAGGUGAGGCCUGCAGGGACUGGUGAGCCCUGUCUGGAGAGAGCCGCCCCUCUGAGGCUGAGGCCUGGCCCUGCCAGCACCGCCUUGGCUAGAAGUGUUCUGGUGGACCCCCCUCGCGCCUCCACCCGGACACACACAUCCCACACUGGGAGUCUGGGAACGAUGGACUGUUCCUCCUGAAGAUGAGGCCGGGUGGAAUCCUGUUAUGCUUCCUGGCCCAAGGUAGGAUGUGACAUUUGAGAGGCCAGAACAGUAUAUAAACCACAAAACUAAGGGGACAAUCAUGACCUCAAGCAAUGCCUAAGAAUCCCCAAAUAUGUUCCAGAAACAUCUUGCUGCCUCGUGGGCCUGAAAAAGCUUUUAUUUGGUGUGGAACGUUACGUGUUUUAUCAGGUGCCUCAUGUCCAUGGGUUUUGUCUCAGUUUGGUGCAGAUGUUUUAGUAAUAAGAUUCUGAGCCAGUUUUCACUUCCUCUUGGUCCAAAGAGCAUUUUGUUUCCAUGUGGGUGGGGUGUGGCUUGGUUUGGUUUUUGUUUUGUUUUGCUCGUGACCUCUGCAAAGACGGGGAAGAGAAACUAAUAUAUUUUGUGAUAUUAAUAUAGUCCCUGUUCUCAACAUCUGCGCUAUUUAUGUUGUGUCCAUGGAAAUAGGAACCCGGUGAGCACGUGUUGGAUAGUAUGGAUUUAUACGUCGAAUGGAGGGAUUUCAGGGAGGGAGAAAGUGAAUAUGAAAAGAUUGGGAACAAGAUACUUGCGCCAGAGAGCUGUGUGGUCAGUGCCCCUGGGAUCUCUGUGCCGUCUUGAGUUUUCUGCUUCGAGUCAGGAAAGCCGGUUGUUUCAGCGGCGUCAGUGGCUGGACUCCCAGUGUGACCGUGGGACAGGCCCUGCUGAAGAGUGGCUGUGCUGCCUGCGUGUCCCCUUUAGGAAAGGGCUGCCCCUUCUCCAAGGGUCCAGGCUGGGACCCCUGGAUGACUUUUGAGGACACUUAGCUGAAUGCUGCUGGGAGACCAGCCCCAAGGCUGACCCACCGCAAACGUGAGGAGCCAGGAACCUCAGCUCCAUUUACCAAACCGUAGUGUCUGAUGACAUAUAAUUAAAUACUAAAGAGUCCUAAGUUCAUCUUUCCUUUGCCAGAAGGAGCGAGUAAAACAGGAAUGAAGCAUUCUGGGUGGUAUUUUUCAGGCAUGAGGAGCCUUGGGAAGUCACUGGAGAGAGGCUAAUGCCAUCUGCUCCCAGGGUGACCGCUUGAGCCGCCUGCCCGAGGGCCCGUUCAGAGCCCCCGCAAUCGGCCAGGGGACAGGAACCCCACCAGCACGUCCCUGGGCAGCCUCCCACAUAGUUACUUAAGGCUCUUCACCCAAAGGAGAGAAGAGACAGAAUAUACUUUCUAUUGCUACUGCACAAAAAUCUUGGGAAGUUUGACAGGUGCUGAAAAGGCCAGUUUGGUAAACUCUCCUAGAAGGCUAACAUUUUAGCAUAAGAUUAUCCGCCACAUACCUUUGUGUUCGUAUAAGUGGCUCCUCACGCCCAGAUAGCGAAUGUUUCUGUAGCUUGGUCCAGGUUCAGCGGACUGCAGUGUAUUCGUUUCUCUGCUCCCACUGGAUGGAGGGAAUCAGCCCACCUUCGGAAGUUAACCAAGGAGGCAGAAUCUUAAUAGUAACUCUGUUUUUGAAAGUCCCACGGGAAGUGGUGGUCUGUUUCCCUUCUGACAUCCCAGUAUAUAUAGUUACAUAUGUAAAUAUCUGAAACCCCGUGUAAUGGGGAAGACUAUGUACAGAACAGCCUUCCCAAACGUGGCCCCGGGCAGAAAGCCACUCUUGCCGCUUGGCUAGGACAUCUUGGUGACUCAGCUUUGGGGACAGAUUCCUAGAUCCGUCUACCCUUCCUGGUCCAGCCAGGAUGCACCAGAACCCACCCUGCCUCUGCCUUCUCAAACGUGAGCAUUUCAGGGAGCCACCAUGAGCCUUGGGUUCACGAGAGGAUGAAGCCCCCAGAGACCAAUGCCUGGAGCCUGCUCCCCGCACCGGAGUGGCUCCUCCCGGCCUGGAGCCCAUCACGGGGCGCCGGACUCCGAGUCCCUGCAGCCGGCUCUGCUUUCUGAACAUUGCCCGUCAGCACCGGCCUCAGAGAGUCCCAGAGUAACCUACUACCUCCCCAUCACUCCCACCACCCCUUUUCACACCCGCCACCCCGUCCGCAUGCAGAUGAGACCCACCCACAAGCCCUCCUUGGGUCCCACAGCCCAGCGGUGAGGCUGUUAACAAUGUUUACAACCAAGGGCACCUCCACUUAGGUGUGUUUACUCUCCCACUGACAAGGCCACUUGCUGGUUUGAGUUUCAUGUCUGUCUGCUCCUUCCCUGGUUGACCCCGACUUGAGCACACAACCCUGAUCUUACGUCCCGACCCUCCAUCAAGGCAGUCGUGAGGACCGUGUGGGAAGGAAAUUUCGUGUACAUAUUCAGCAGUCCCUAGAGUAUGAACUUGUACUAUUGUUCUGUAAAGAGGGUGAAAUAGAGCUUAUUGUAAAGCGCUGGGAGAAGUAUAGUAUUGUAUUUGUAACAAUAUGGUUCUUUGUAUACACAAAACUCAAUGAUCUCUAUAUAUAAAUAUAAAUAAAUAAAUAUAUAAAUAAGAUCUAUAUACACGUGAGCCUGGAAUGUUGAUGCCGCACACCCACUGAAUGUACUUCCUCUGACAGUCUGGUCACCGGGCUGGCCCGCCCUCCCCUCCUCCAUACCGUUUUGGGGGUUGUGAUGUAUUUAAUGUGUUCUCUUCCUUUAUUUAACUGAACGCUAAUGUCUGUAAGAG